AUGUCAACAAAAGGAUCAUCUAAACUAAAUACUUUGUGCAAACUAUGGAAAGAUUUAGAUGAACCUUUUAAAACAAGAAUUAACAAUAGAAUAGAAAAUAGGGGUCAAGGUUAUACAUUAUUAAGAGUUUUAAAGCUUGUCCAAGAUAACUCAUCGGAAAUUUCAACAUCAUUGUUUGAAAUGUUCAUGAGUUAUUAUGGACUUCAAGAAAAUUACAAUUGUUUUCAUGUUUGUGGUAUUAACAUGAACGUCUCAUUGGAAGACGUUCUGUUUUUGACCAACUUGCCCAUUACGGGCCGAGCAAUUAUAUCUGAAAGCAAUAAAGACCCUAUGGCUUUUAACCAGGUUUUUUCCUUAUCUGCUGUUAAUAAACUUAAGUUAAGUGUGUUAAAAAAUAUUUGCUGUGAUUUAAGUAAAAAUGAUGAUGAUAGGAUAAAAGCUGUCCUCCUUAUGAUUGUGUCUUGUCUGAUCAUUCCAAGUGGGGAUGGCCAAAACUGCAAAACCACAUACGUCCAAUUUAUUGAAAAAUUGGACGAAGUGGAUUCUUAUGCUUGGGGAGCGGCACUAUUGGCCUUUCUAUAUCAAGGUCUAAAGGAGAAUCAUUUACGUAAUAAGAAAGUUGACGGCUUUGUAUGGCUGAUAAUGGGAUUUUUCUUUUAUCAUUUUAAAGGACUUCAUAAUAUCCUCAAUAUUAUUGUUGUUACUACGGAGGAAGAUCGUAUGCCUAAUAUGCCACUAUUGGCAUAUUUGAUAAAGGAUCUUUUCACACUCGGCAAAAACCGUCACGGAAAAGUCCAUCAUAAUUUAGGACAAAAGUUUCAGUUGAUAUGUAACUUCCUGGAUAUGGAUCAUGAGAAUAUAGAAGAAUUCCCCAUUACCUGGCAUCCCUAUACUGACCAAAUGCUGCCUCCCGACCUGCAUGAUCAGAUUCAAUACCGAACUAUCGUCACCCAUUGUUUUGCUACAAUUAUGUGGAGCCUCAUUAUCCAAAUGUUAUAG